AUGGAUCUUCUUUCUGAAGGAAAUAUUACAUUCACCAUUGCUCUUCUGAAAAAGCUUUGUGAAGAAAAACCACGAAAUGUGUUGUUUUCUCCCCCAAGCAUCUUAUUUACCCUGAACAUGAUCCUCUUGGGAACAAGGAGAGAAACAGCAGAACAGAUAGCACAGUUACUUUCUUUACAUAGAAGUGAAGAUCCUUUGUUGGGAUUCCGGUCACUUAUUACUGAAAUGAAUAAAUCAUCCACCUGGUAUCUGCUUCAAACUACCAACAAGCUCUUUGGAGAAAACAAUCGAAAUUUCCUCACAUCCUUUAGGGAUGCCUGUUUCGCAUUCUGCAAUUCAGUGAUGGAAGAUGUUUGUUUUUCUCUAGAGGCAGAGGGUAUCAGGAAAAAAAUAAAUGCAUGGGUAGCAGAGAAGACUGAAGGUAACAUUUUAGAGGCACUACCUGAUGGUCUUGUUGAUCCACUUAGCCUGCUGGUAUUUGUGAAUGCCAUCAACUUUCAAGCAACCUGGGAGAGGGCAUUCGAUCCAAGGCACACACAUACUGAUAUUUUAAAAGUCAAUGAGCAUGAAAGAACAAUAUUUCAGAUUAUGAAGAAGAAAGAGGAAUUUCUGACAUCUCCUUUAGAAGAGCUGGAUGGACAGGUCUUCAUCUUUCCCUAUCGCGGACUGGAAUUGACCAUGAUCCUUGUGUUUUCUUCUGAUACUGACCUAACCAAGUUGGAAAAGGGGCUUACCUAUGAAAGAUUUGUAACCUGGACAAAGCCAGAAGCAUUGGCCUUGAUGGAAAAUCAUGACAAGACAUUUUUACUUCCCAAAAUCAAGAUAGAAGAGACUUGUGACUUGGAGCAUGUCCUCGACAGUUUGGGCAUGUCAGAUGCAUUCGAUAAGCACAGGGCUGACUUUUCUGGAAUGUUCAUGCUCAAACCUUUGUAUUUAUCCAAAGUUUUGCAUACAUCUUACCUAGAGAUCAAUGAAGAAGGCAUAAAGGCAUCUGCUGCUACUAUAGCAGCAGAGAUACCAGCAGCUCCAAAAAGUGAUGAAGGACUGAAGGCUAAUGGUUUUUUUCUUUUUUUUAUCUGGAGCUAUAAAACCAAAAGUAUCCUGUUCUGUGGCAGAAUUUCCUCUCCAUAAAGAGAUACAGUCACUUUCCCCAGAGUAUUUCCCUUCUGUUAAUUCCC